AUGGGCCGCCAAAGGAUGGUGGCGCCGUGCGGCGGCAGAGACUGCGCGGUAGUAGAGCUGGCCACACGCGCAGAUGGCCUCCAGGACGGCGCCCUCACUGGCCUCGCCCUCCUCCACGAGCUCGACCUCAGCAACAACCGCUUCGUCGGCGCCUUCCCAGGCGUCAUCCUCGACCUCCCCGCCCUCCGCUACCUCGACCUCCGCUUCAACGAGUUCGAGGGCCCCAUCCCCGCCGCCCUCUUCAACCGCCCCCUCGACGCCAUCUUCCUCAACUCCAACCGCCUCCGCCGCCCCAUCCCUGCCAACCUCGGCGACUCCUCGGCCUCCGUCGUCGUCCUCGCCCACAACCAACUCGGCGGCUGCAUCCCGCCCUCCAUUGGCUGCAUGGCCGACACCCUCAACGAGAUCGUCCUUCUCGACGACGGCCUCGCCGCCUGCGUCCCGCCCGAGGUUGACCUCCUCCGCCACCUCACCGUCUUCGACGUUAGCUUCAACCUCCUCCGGGGGCCCCUCCCGUCCUCCCUCUCCGGCGCCGCCGACCUCCAGCAGCUCGACGUCGCGCACAAACGCCUUACGGGCGCAGUCCCGGAGGCCGUCUGCGCGCUGCCCUCUUCCCUGUUGCUACGCCCUCUAUCGAGUUCGCGGAUGAGGAGGAUGAGUGAGAAGACGAAAAUGGCGAAGGGCAAAAUGGUCAUUUUGUCACAUUGUUUGCUCUAA